AUGAAGAAACGGGUCCUGCAAACUGACAGGUUGACCAGGCCUGGUUCCAGGGAAGGCUUCAAAGCCACCCAGGAGCGCCCUUCAGCACCCGCAGCCUCGCUGCUGACAGGGUCUGUUGCAAAAUGUGAAAACGAAGGGGAGGAGCUCCAGAUCCCGUUCAUCACAGACAACCCUUGUAUAAUGUGUGUGUGCCGGAACAAGGAGGUGACGUGCCAGCGGGAGAAGUGCCCAGUGCUGCUGCGCAACUGUGCCCUGGCCAUCAAGCAGAGGGGCGCCUGCUGCGAGCGCUGCAAAGGCUGCACGUAUGAAGGAAAUACCUACAACAGCUCCUUCAAGUGGCAGAGCCCAGCCAAGCCCUGUGUCCUGCACCAGUGCCAGGAGGGUGUUGUCACAGAAUCCCAGGUGCGCUGUGUAAUUCACUGUAGAAACCCAGUGGAGCACCCAGGAGCCUGCUGCCCCACCUGUCCAGGCUGCCUGUUUCAAGGUGUGCAGUACCAAGAGGGAGACGAGUUUCGGCCGGAAGGGAGCAAGUGCACCAAGUGUUCCUGUCAUGGAGGCAGGACACAGUGCACGAGAGAAGUCUGUCCCAUUCUCUCUUGUCCCCAGCACCUUAGUCACACCCCCCCAGGACAGUGCUGCCCCAAAUGUUUGGGUCAGAGGAAAGUAUUUGACCUGCCUUUGGGGAGCUGCCUCUUUCGCAGUGAUGUAUAUGACAAUGAGUCCUCGUUUCUCUAUGACAACUGUACAACAUGUACCUGCAAGGACUCCACUGUGGUAUGUGAGAAGAGGUGUUCCCACCCAAGCAGGUGUGACAGAGGCAAGGAGGUCUGUUGUGAGCAGUGCCUUCUGCAAGUGCCCCCAGAAGACGUCAGUGUGUGCAAGAUUGGCAAUAAGGUUUUCCGGGAAGGCGAGGUGUGGUCCAUGGCCAACUGCACCAUCUGUGCCUGUGUGACUGGCAGGACACGGUGUCGUAGAAAGCAGUGUGUGUCCAUCAGCAGCUGCCCACAGGGUAAAAUUCUCAACAGAAAAGGAUGCUGCCCAAUUUGCACUGAAAAGCCCGGCAUCUGCACGGUGUUUGGAGACCCUCACUACAACACUUUUGACGGCCGGACCUUUAACUUUCAGGGCACGUGUCAGUACGUGUUGACCAGAGACUGCGCCACCUCCGCCUCACCCUUCCAGGUGCUGGUGAAGAACGACGCCCGGCGGACACACUCCUUCUCCUGGACCAAGUCGGUGCAGCUGGUCCUGGGCUCCAGCACCGUCAGCCUGGAGCAGCACCUGGCCGUGCGCUGGAACGGCUCCCGCGUGGCACUGCCCUGCCGAGGGCCGCACUUCCACGUGGACCUGGAGGGCUACCUGCUGAAGGUGACCACCCAAGCAGGUUUAGAAAUAUCCUGGGAUGGAGACAGCUUUGUAGAGAUCAUGGCUGCCCCUCACCUCAAAGGCAAGCUGUGUGGUCUCUGUGGUAACUACAAUGGACACAAACGAGAUGACCUAAUUGGUGGAGAUGGCAACUUCAAGUUCAAUGUGGAUGACUUUGCUGAGUCUUGGAGGGUGGAGUCCAACGAGUUUUGCAACCGCCCUCAGAGGAGACCAGUGCCCGAGCUGUGCCAGGGGCCAGUGAAGGUGAAGCUGCGAGCCCAUCGAGAGUGCCAGAAGAUCAAGUCCUGGGAGUUUCAGACCUGCCACUCCACAGUGGACUACACCACUUUUUACCGGUCCUGUGUGACUGACAUGUGUGAAUGUCCAACCCAUAGAAACUGUUACUGUGAGUCCUUUCUGGCCUAUGCCCGGGCCUGCCAGAGAGAGGGUGUCAAGGUGCACUGGGAGCCUCAGCAGCAGUGCGCAGCUACCCAGUGCAAGCAUGGUGCUGUAUAUGACACCUGUGGCCCAGGGUGUGUGAAGACCUGUGACACUUGGAAUGAGAUUGGCCCUUGCAACAAGCCGUGUGUGGCAGGCUGCCACUGUCCAGCUGACUUGGUCCUGCACAGGGGACGAUGUAUCAAGCCAGUCCUUUGUCAUCAGCGGUAACCUCUGUGCCAGCCACUGAGACUGCAACCUGGAAUCUUGGCACGGAAGUGCAAGAGCCAAGGAAAGAUUGUUGUAUGGGUGCCUGACUCCGCACGUGGGGUACAUAUGUGUACAUAUGGAAAGAUAUAGACAUGCUCAAACAUGUCAUCAUUCACAUGGACUACAGUGCAGUACUGUAUGUAUAUUUUUGCUGUAAGACAGGUGUUGUUUUUAGGAUCCUAAUUUGUAAGCCAUUGGAUACAUUAUAUAAACACACCAGGAGUGUCUAAUAGGCAGCAUACAGACCUCGAGGAUGGCUGUGACAUCACAUGCAUUUCUCAUUCUUAAGGAGCUUUCUAAGGACCCUCAGCUACCUGCAUUCAUUUUGGCUUGAAGUCAUUGUUUGUCACUGAAUGGUAAAUGUGUUCCAUUGCAGAAUGGCACACUUGUCGGGGGGCAUUUCAUUUUUCCCAAGACAGGAAUGUGUGCCUGAUAGAAAUGGCAGAAUACGGGCUGGGCCCUGCUGGCACCUGCAAAGCAAGGGCAGGCUGCUAGACUUCACUGGCUUAAGGUCUGAUAUUAUUUCCAAAACUGGCUGCCACCAAGAAACAGCAGUGUGUCACUAGGGCACAAUGUGAAAGCCCCGUGAUUUCUUGCCAUCUCAGCAGAAUUCUCCCAACCUCCUAAUUAUAUACAAUGUGUGUGACAGAUGUGUCACUUCUGUGAUGGAGUGCCCAGAUGACAUGCUAGUGAGAUCGAGCCUGAGAAGGAAUUUGGAGGAAGCAUUGCACAAUGGAUGAAAACUCUCCGUGCCCCUGAAUCUGAAAGCAGCCCAGGGAGGAGGGGGAGGCCCUCUACCCUUUGCGGUAGUCCAUGUGUAAAGUGAAAGCCUUUGACUGUAUCCACAGGGCUCCUUCCAGGGCUGCUUGACUAAGAAUAUGCCAUGGGUGGGGAGGCUUAUGAACAUUUUGGUUUAACAUCAUUCUGAACAAAGAAUGUCCUGUGUACUCUCUCCGAUUUGUCAAUAGUGUCAGUCCCAGUCACCAUGUGAUUUUUCUGACUUACUUUCUGUUAAACAAGUGAAAAUGUCAACAAAAGCAAAACCCACUGAUAUCUAAAAAUAACAUGCUCUGCACUGUAGUAAAUAAA